AGAAACAGCAACUAAACAAACAGUCAGUUUUCGACGAUUACAAUUUUAGCUGCUGCGACUAACGAAGUUCACUUACCCUCGAUCUCAUCGAAAACCCCACAAAAACCCAUUUCUUCAUUCUCAAAAAGACUAACUUUCCUUUGUAACUCUGACCAAAAGCAAAAAUCUCUUCUUUAUUAGCUUUUUAGAACAAAACCCUUUUUUAUUAGCUCAUCUUUCACAUCGGCUCUCAACAUUUUCCGAAGGUCUCUGUUUUCUUCUAAGAAGUUUAAUUUAUUUAGAAUGGCGGCAACUGCGGCUUCUGGCCUUCAAAUGGCAACUGCAAGGCCCUGCAUUUCCUCUUCUCGCAGAAUGGUUAAGGCAGGUGCUGCUAUUCUUGGCGCCAAUUCUAAAGGGGCUUCAUGGGCUAAGCUUGCGAGUGGUUCUCAUAUAUCAUAUAUCCAGCCUUUUAAAAGGACACUCAUGUCGUCUUCAGUUAAAUUGAAUAAGGUUGUGACAAAGGCAAUGUCUGAAUCUAAUGAAAGUAAGCCAUUGUCCGGAUUGCCAAUUGAUUUGAGAGGUAAACGGGCAUUUAUUGCUGGUGUGGCUGACGACAAUGGAUAUGGUUGGGCAAUAGCAAAAUCUCUUGCUGCUGCUGGUGCUGAAAUUCUGGUUGGAACAUGGGUGCCUGCUUUGAACAUUUUUGAAACAAGCCUGCGAAGGGGAAAGUUUGAUGAAUCUCGCGUGUUGCCAGAUGGUUCUUUGAUGGAGAUCACCAAAGUAUAUCCCCUUGAUGCGGUGUUUGACAACCUUGAGGAUGUACCUGAAGAUGUGAAAGCAAAUAAGCGUUAUGCUGGAUCCAGCAAGUGGACCGUUCAGGAAGUUGCCGAAUCUGUCAAACAGGAUUAUGGCAGCAUCGACAUCCUGGUGCACUCACUUGCCAAUGGGCCUGAGGUUACUAAACCCCUUUUGGAAACAUCAAGGAAAGGAUAUCUUGCAGCCAUAUCUGCAUCCAGUUACUCAUAUGUUUCUUUACUCAAGCAUUUCCUUCCUUUAAUGAAUCCAGGUGGUUCAUCAAUUUCUCUCACAUACAUUGCCUCUGAGAGGAUCAUACCAGGAUACGGUGGAGGCAUGAGUUCUGCCAAAGCUGCACUCGAGAGCGACACACGUGUGCUUGCAUUUGAAGCAGGAAGGAAAAACAGAAUCAGGGUCAACACAAUAUCUGCUGGUCCACUAAGAAGCCGAGCAGCCAAAGCAAUUGGAUUUAUUGACACCAUGAUUGAAUAUUCAUUAGCCAAUGCACCCUUGCAAAAAGAACUAUCUGCAGAUGAGGUGGGUAAUGCUGCUGCCUUCUUAGCAUCACCUUUAGCUUCUGCCGUCACUGGUACUGUUAUGUACGUUGACAAUGGCCUCAAUGUAAUGGGUGUUGGUGUCGACAGCCCAAUAUUCAAAGACCUUAACAUUCCAACAGACAAGCACCAGGGAUAAGUGCAGGUUGAUCCAUCAAGUGAAACUUUGAUUACUGAUAGUGCUGCCUUCUUAGUGGCAUUGCCCUCUGACGGCCUGGCCAUCGGCCCCAAUUUUUCCAUGAGACCUUGUUUUUAGUAGGGGGGGGUAACAGUUUCAGAUAAUGUAUGCAAUGUUCAACUUUUAUUUCGUGUAGUGAUUGCUGCUUGCACAGGUUGUAACAGCUUCUUUUAGGUUGUCCGUAUGGAGACUGGAAAAUCUUUUUUGAUAACAAAUUUCUUUUCAUCUUCUA